UUCUGCCCCUCGCCUAAACUUCACAAUUUGUCGGAAUCGGUAGGCUACUAUCUCCAACAGUAGUCUAUUUUUACAGUUACUUUUCAUUUUUAAUAAUUUAAUCUCAAUGGAUCGAUACAUAUUUAUCAUUGUGUUAUUAGCGUGUGUUCUGCGGGCCGUGAGGUGCUACAGCUCCGGAAAGGUGACUGGGGCGUGUGACAAUAUGAUACCGCAACACAAAAAAGGCGCACAGCAAAGUCCCGCUCCAUUCUCUGUCACCACUGACCGGUUCAGCUUUAAGGGGGGCGAUGAAAUCAUAGUCAGGCUCCUGGCAGCUUCCACUCCAUUCACCGGGUUUAUAUUACAAGCCAGAGAGGUUGGAGGAAGCAGUCCUCUUGGAUCCUUCACUGUAACAAGUGGGGAGGCCCAGCCACUCACCUGCAACGGACUACCUAAUUCUGCAAUUUCUCACACAUCAAAUUCACUUAAAUCCUCCAUCCAGGGAAUAUGGAGGGCCCCCACAUCAGGCAACCUCAACUCCAUCCAAUUCAGUGCCUCCUUUGUAAAAGAUUACUCCACCUUCUGGGUUGAAGUGAGAAGUUCUCCAGUCACAUACAACAUCGCUACUGCAUCCCCAGCUAGCAGCACAUCCGUUACCUCUACUGCCUUCUCAUCCUCAGAAGUUUCCAACUCCAGCACUGGAUGUGACAGCACUAAGGUCUGUUUCAGCCAACCUCUGAACUGUGAUCCUGGGGUCAGCCCAGACUGUUACUUCCUGUCUGCUAUGACCUCUCUCGGUGACACAGCCAUCCAGUUGGAGAUGACCGGCCCUUCAGAUGGCUACAUCGCCAUUGGCUUCUCAGAUGACCAGAGGAUGGGAAAUGAUGACAUCUAUAUUUGUGGACGGGACAGUGGCGGACUCAUCCAAUUGCAACACGCCUUUUCAACAGGAAAGAAGACACCAGAGAUACUUCCUCUGGGAAAUGUUUCUGAUGUUAAAUCCUCAGUGAAUAAUAGUAUCAUUAGCUGUUCCUUCACGACUAGGAACCCCAUUUCAACUCAGCGAUCCGGAGGGUCCAGUUCCCUCUACUAUCUCAUGAUCGUUCACGGGCCCUCCAAUAAUGGGAUAAUCGGCCGCCAUACUGGCACCUUCAUCAGUGACACUAAAGUGGAUAUUUCAAGUCCUCAAAUUGUUACAAGUGAAAAAGAGCCACCUAUUAUUAAAGCACAUGGUUCCCUGAUGUUGAUAGCGUGGAUGACCACGGGUAGUUUGGGAAUGAUCAUAGCCAGGUAUCUGAAAGGUGUGGCCAAGGGGAAACAUUAUUUUGGGAAAGAUGUUUGGUUUCUGGUGCACGUGUUUCUUAUGACACUCACUGUUGCCGCCACCAUCAUCGCCUUUAUUUUGGCCUUCUCAGAAGUUGGAGGCUGGAGUGGGGGAGUCCAUCCUGUGUUGGGCUGCAUCGUUAUGAUCCUGGCCUUCUUCCAGCCAAUCGGUGCCAUGUUCCGAUGUGGACCUCAUCAUCACUGGCGAUUCUUAUUCAAUUGGUCGCAUGCUUUGAAUGCAGUGGCAAUAAAAGGUUUAGCUGUGGCAGCCAUCUUCACUGGGCUGUCGUAUUUUAGCACCUCUGAGGAUAGUUGGCUUCUGAAGGUGAUGGGUGGGUUUGUUGGAUGGGAGGCAACGAUGUACAUCCUGCUAGAAUUCCACAUGCGCUGGAAGCACAAUGAUCAUACAGAGAGUGCUUCUGAAUCGACAAGCAUGGAGUUGGUACUGCUGGUCUUGUUUUUCCUUGGAAAUAUAGCCUUUUUGGUUGCACUACUUGUUGGAAUUGGCUCGUCAUGAAGAUCUGCUGAGCAAUGGACUGAGAUCGGAAUGAUACAGUAAAUCUUUAAUAUAGCUCAAUGUACAGUAUAUUUUAAAUAAUUGUAUAGUUGUUUGUUGUCAAAUGUUUUAAAGUAACUGUCCAUUGAUUGAGGAUGGAAUGUGAUCAGAUUGUCAAUUUAUACAGUAUCCCUCCAUAUAACUAUGACAGACUUUCCACGAGGACGGGCAUAUUGGAAAUUUAACCAGGGUUUAUUGACUGACACUACUUUCUUAACAAAAAGUAAGGAAUUCUUAACAGACUUUCUUACACAAUACAGGUUCAGUGGACACAAUUAUUGUACUGGAUGCUUUUAAAUGUACCUUUAGGGGCCAUUGAAUUCAAUUGUCAUCCCAAAAAUGGUAUCGGUCAACAGAGAAAAGAAUUUCAACAGAAAUAUAACAUUUAACAUUACACAAUGGUGUUGAAUGUACUUCAUAAUCACUGAAUAAUCUAGACACUUAACAAAAGGAGAUUGAGGAAUUUAUUCCUGAAAGACCGGGUUAAAAAAAUAAAAUUACCAGAGCAAAUUCAAUAUAAAAACCCGUCCAAAAAGAACCUACAGAAAAAGUUACAAACGAUGGAGAAAUCCUUCACACCAAAGGAGAUUCUGAAUGAGGAAGGUCCUCCAACCUCAUUUGAUGAGUUUUGUGAUAUACAGUACCAGUCAAAAGUUUGGACACACCUACUCUUUAUUUUUACUAUUUUGUACCUUGUAGAAUAAUAGUGAAGACAUCAAAACUAUGAAA